CUUUAGUAGCUUUGGCCAUGACGACGAAAAAAAAAAAAAGGAUAGGGUGGAUGGAGGGAAGUAGCGGUGAUGUCAAAAAUUUUUUAGGCAAGUUAGUCACGUGGAAGACAUUCGCACGGUACAUUUUGGGAAAUUUAUCCCACCGCCAUCGACACCGACCUCCAUGACCGUUGAGAGUUGAACGAUAGCACAAUAUUUUCUGCCCGUAUCGAUUAUUUCCAACCAUGGAUGGGUCUGGAGAAGGAAAGCUGUUUGCAAGAUUCGAGAAGCAUGCCGAAUUUGCGGAUAUUCAACAAUCUCUCCUUGCAUUGGAUUUGACUGUCGUGCCUACCGCGGAAGAAAGCAAGGAAGAGAUAGUCUUGUUGCAGAAGCUCUCAGACAUACUCGAUGAAUAUCAAGAACAAUCCUAUCUCUUGGAUCCGUACUUCGAGGGCCUUGUUGUUCCCGUGGUGGACAGUCUAAAGUCGCAUGCAAAUGUAUCCAUAUCCGAUUGUUCAAUAGUCUUCUCAUCGGAACGUGUGCAACGCGUCGCUCUGCUCUUAUACCGCUAUAUCAAGUGCCGCGGAUACAAGACAAUCACCAGAUUUCUUCCCCACGAAAUCGCGGAUCUAUCUAUUGCAUUGACUUAUAUGCAAAAUGCGAACUCUUUAGUGGUUGAAGUAGACCAAUGGGCUCUGCGUUAUACCUUUUUACUUUGGCUGUCUCUUAUCUGCAUGCUUCCUUUUGAUUUGGCACAAUUCGAUGUGGUCGAAGGCGGAAACCACACAGCCCUUUCCAUAGAGCACAUCGGUAAAGAAUUCCUGUCCAAGGCUGGCUUAGAGCGCGAAGGCGCUGCAAUUAUGCUUUCACGUCUGUAUAUGAGAAAGGAUACCCUCACGAUAUUUCGCCUUUACCUGUCCUGGUGUAAAGAAACCAUCAGAGAGUCCAAGAAUCCUUUCACGGUCAUUGGACUCCUACAGGUUCUAUGCGAGGUUUUAAAGUCAGGAUCUGUGGGUCAAAUUGAAAUGGCUCUACCCGAUGUUCUUGCCAUCGCUGCCACUGUUGAGGGCGAAUCAGCUCUCUUCGCUAAUACCGUUGUCAGGAAGUAUAAAACGAAGCUCGUAUCACGCGUAGCGUUACGCAUAUUACCGGCCAGAUCGGCCGGGGGGACUGACAGCCAGGAUAGCAUCGAGGUCCCGGACUCGAUCGAAGUCAUGCUGGAGCAGCUCUUUCAGAGCCUCCAAGAUAAAGACACCAUCGUCCGAUGGUCAGCGGCCAAAGGCAUCGCGAGGAUUUCAGAUCGCCUCCCGACCGACUUUGCAGAUCAAGUGCUUGACACAAUCAUGGGUCUCUUUUCAAUACAUUCUGUGGUUGCAGCAAGCAUAUACGACCUUCCUGCUAUUGCAGAAAGUACUUGGCAUGGUUCAUCUCUUGCUUGUGCCGAAAUGGCACGUAGAGGCCUUAUUAGCUCGGAGAGACUCCCCGAGUUACUUAAUUGGCUUUCAAAGGCAUUGUACUUUGAUUUGAGGAAGGGUGCUCAUUCCAUAGGUUCUAAUGUCCGUGAUGCUGCUGCCUACGUCUUUUGGGCUCUCGCUAGGAGCAAAAAUCCCAACGAACUGGCACCUCAUGCUGAGGAGCUCGCUCGUCAAUUAGUCACAGUUUCACUUUACGAUCGUGAAAUACACAUUCGGCGAGCUGCCAGCGCCGCUUUCCAAGAACAUGUGGGAAGGACGGGAUUAUUCCCCCACGGAAUUGACGUUUUACGCAAGACCGACUUCUACGCUGUGGGCAUUAGGCGGAAUGCAUUUCUCGUUGCAGCACCUCAAGUCGCCGAUCACCCGGAAUACCGAAGAUAUCUCUUUGACCAUGUAUUGGACGUACCGCUGAGGCAUUGGGAUGUGAACCUGCGACAGCUGGCAUCUCAGUCUCUUCGUCUUAUUUGUCUAUUAGAUCUAUCAGGGUUGGGUCCACAAGUCUGUUCCAGAGCGGCGAAAUUACUCGAAUCCCCUGAUGGAACGGAUAUCCAUGGAGGCCUUCUUGCAUUGACCGAGCUAUCUAUUGCCUGCCGUGAUCGGGCUUCCUCAGAAGUCGAAAGGGAGCAACAAAUGCGAGAUAUUUUCAAAUACCUUGCAAUUGUACCUCACGCUGUUUUAGUAGGAUCUCGAAAUGAGACUGUUACUGCAGCAGCAUGCCACUUAAUCGCAAGUACAGUGACGUUGACGGAAAUUAGUAUGGGACCAAACACCUCUGUUCCUAAGUGGAGACAGGUUGUAGACUUUGGUUUGAAACAUCGGCGUGUCUCCGUGCAGGAAGCUGCGGCAAUGGCUAUGGCUUCCAUCAGUAAAUUAGUGGACUGCUUUGCCACUGUUACCAGAUUGAUCCGGGAAUUGAGAUUUGGAUCCUUCUCCAGUCAGCAGAGUCUUGGCCGAGUAUUGGGUGUGAUCGAUUAUGAUUCUUUUCCGAAGUGCUUGCCGGAUAGUAUUGGUUGCCUUCUAGAGUGUGCCAGACCCUCGCGAGAUGCCUUCAGCACCAAUGUGGAAGCUCGUCGCAACUGUUAUCUCGCCAUCCCUCAAAUCGUUCAAAACGUGCUUCUCCAUCUCAAUGACCAUAUGUCCCCAGAAGUCUUCACUUCAUUGUUUGAUGCUCUUUUGGGUGGAUUAGAAGACUACACAAUUGAUGAAAGAGGUGAUGUAGGCUCUUGGAUCCGAAUGGCUUGCGUACGAGGUUUGACAUCGGUCUCUGAAAUUCUCAUCUCGAACGCCAGUACCAUCAACCGCUUUGAUGAUUACUUACCUCCAUCGAAGUACCACCUCGCAGUUAUCGGAAUUCUUAAACAGGGAGUUGAGAGAUUAGAUAAUGUUAGACAGGACGCUGGAGAGUGUAUUCUAAGACUUCUUCGGCUACCUGUACCAGAUGUGAAGGACAGCGAGCGCUGGCAGUUGCCGAGUUGUGGCUUACUCGUGGAGCUUUUUGCAUCUGGCACUGAAAGUGUAGGCUGGAGCGACGGGUACUGGUUGUUUCCCAGGGCUGUUCGUCUUUUGGAAAUCGAAGAAUAUCGUCAACCGGUCCUGACGGGCCUUAUUAUGAGUCUAGGCAGCAAGACGGAUAACAUUCAUCGACCCGUCUCAACAAGUUUGUCGACAUAUGCACGAUCUUUACCUGCCAGCGGGCCAACAGAAGCUUACGACCUUGUCACACUUGCGAAUGAUUUGAUCAAAUAUGCUAAGGCAAACAUAAGUUCUAACAAUAUCAUAGUACCAGUUCUCCAGACGGUCAAUGUCCUGCUUGAGGCUGGGGCACUGGAAAAACUUUCCUCUGAUGAUUCGGGCAUCAAAAGUCUGGAUAGUUUGCAUCUGAUGGCAUCCCGACAUAUAGAUCGACUGAAGAGCGUUCAACGAAUACAUGAGUCCAUGAAGAUUGUUGUCAAUCUCCUCGCAUUUGAUGUGAUGUUUGAACGAUGCAUCACCAGCCUCCCAAGUUUUCUUGCCCAUCGAUUCCCCACCAUCCGUUCUGACGCUGCUGAACUUCUUUACCUUAAAGUUCAGAGUAUGGACCUCAACAAGGAUACCGAAGAAGUGGAAGAGCUAUUGCUGGAGACCGAGUGGUCAUCAAGCGACAUCAAGGCUGUUUGUGAAAAGGCACAACACAUAGUGGAAUCAUUUAAGGGUGAAAUAUGAAACAAUUGUCUACGUUACGAGCAAGUAAAUAUCUGAGCAGAUUAGGUAGUUAAGGGUGGCUGUGGCCGGAUCGUGGGAAACCCUGAUCGAGUCGUCACUGGCAUUGCAUCCACCAUUACAUUUUUCCUUCCAUAUCCCUGUCCUAGUUCUGGUUGACGGUGAAAUUUGUGUAAUUCUGGAAAAUGGUUGUCGACCCCCGUAUCAGUGAUAAGGAUUUGGCCGCCAUCAACGCAGCGGCUGUGACGAGAGAAUACCGGGUGCAACCUCAUCUCG